CACCCCUUAGAAAAUAUACACAAAACCCGAACUCAACACACAACAAUUUCCUGCAAAAUUCACUUCACAAUGUAUAGGAUGUGCAAUCUAUCGAAUCUGCUGAAUUUCAUCAUCUGCAUAGCCAGCUUCAGCCAAAACUUCGAUGCAACUCUGGCGGUCAAGAGGGGUCCACAUCAUCCGAGGGGCGAAACCAGGAGAGUGGACCAGCAUCUCACCCAUGAGGAGCAUCGCAUUGAUGACGAUUUGAAGGACAUGGGCGUCCAGGCAAAUUUAGAUGAUUUGAGUGAGGAGGAGAAAAUCUUCUAUAUGUUUAAGGCCCAUGACAAUGAUAAUAACAAUGCACUGGACGGCCUCGAAAUGAUUCAGUCUGCCAUGCAUCAUAACUAUGACUAUUUCAAAAACAACGAGCGGGAUGCAUACCUACAAAAUGCCACCGAUGAGCUGGAGCACUUUAUAGAGGCAAUUGAUAAAUUUCUGCUGAUUGCCGACGACAAUAACGAUGGCCUGCUGCAUUACCCGGAAUUCGUGAAGGCAAUUACCGGUGGCAAGGAGCAGCCGAAUGUGGACAGGAAUAUCCUGCGCUAAUCCCUCCAAGAUCCCGACUAACAGUACUCAACCAAACAGCCGAAGUAGACACAAUAAUAGUCAUAGCAUAGUUAAAUUUUGUAGCAACUAAUCUGAUUUCCAAGCUGAACCAUUUGAGACUGUAAUACCGCAAGCAAAAGAAAACCAAGCACUUGACUGCACCCCGUUUGUAAUACAACCUAAUGAUUUAAUAUACAUUUUAAUAGAUACAUAAAUAAGAGUGCAUUUUGCUUUGGAAUCUUUAAAGCAAUCCGUCACAGGUCUGGGUCGUGUUGCAGGCCACUCCUCGGAAGCCAUCGUAGGCGGCUCGCUCCAUCAGGACGAUGAGGUCGUUGUAGCGCGGCUUCUCCAGCGGCACUCUGUGGAUUAGUUAGAACCAGAUUAAUACUUAAUAUAACACAGCGAUAUCUCAAGUUAUCACCUGUAAUAGUUUUUAACAAAUUUUUUUUAAUAAAGUUUGCACUUAUCAAUUAGG